AUGGGAUAUUUGUCCUUAAAUAUCAUAGUAACAUCCUUGGUAACUUUGGUUGCCAAUGUCAGCGCCGUGCUGCCUGACAUUCUAUCGCAGAAUAACACGUUUAAAUCUUUUCUCGAAGUAAAUAACGUGGAUCAGGAAGAUUUGAUUUGUAAUAAGGCACUGUGUAAAUCCACUGACUCUAUCAACAGAAAUACAAGUUCUUAUUGUUAUAAAUACAAACUGUGUAGUAAGUGUAGCGUAUCCAACGUCCCAGAUCACCCUGUUUGCUAUCUUCUGGAUAAUGACCACAAUUACAUCCACUUAAUGGAGGGGCAUUUAGGCUCUCAGCCCAUAGGAUCAGCGAAUAGUCACGAUAAUUCUUCUCAUGACGAACAUUCAUCGCAUUCGAAUAAUGGAGAUAUGAUGGAUGAGCAUGAAGAGGAAAAUUUUCUGCAGGAAUACGAAUCAAAAUCAAUGAAAUUCAUACCUACUAGCAACAUGAGUGACUUUGAUCAUGCUAGGCGAUCUUGUGCCGUGGAUUCCAAAGGCAAUGUAAUGAUAAGUGUUAGAUUGAUCAUCCAAUGGUAUAUGUCAAAGGAUAAAUCUAAUAAUCAGCAGCACCAUGGCAAUGAUGAUGAUUCUCAAAAUUAUGACGCAAAUUAUUUACAACUCACCCCUAUGUAUUCUGACGACUCUGUUAAUUCUUCUAUGUUAGAGAUGGACCACGACGAUAGUGAAUCAUCAAAUUCGCAUAAAUCUAGGAUGGCAAAUAUGGCCAAAAACUUCCAAGUUUUGAAAAACAUCCAUAAAAGUGCAGUUAAGCGUUAUAAAUCUCCAAAGGCCAAGAUAUAUCUCAUAUUUUCUAAUCCAAAGAUCAACAGCUGUAGACACCCGGUAAUAUACAACGGUAAAAUCUCCCCCUCAAGCAUGUUUGUAGCGAAACUUGAGUCAACAAUAUCACAAAUUGAUUUGACACAAGAUCUGAUCAAAUCGUCAAUAGAAACUAUUGUCUCUUGUGAAGCUUGUGAUAAGUUAAAAUACAACAGUUGUAUACAGGUUACCUGUGCCAAAAAUACACCAGGCGCAGCGUCUUUAGCUAUGGGUAGUGCUGUAUACGUUCCAAUGACGAAUACUACGAUUGGAGUAAAUGCCCACAACCCUAAUGCGGUAGUAGCUGCCGGUAUCCCUAUGGGUAAAAUACCUGUAAUCCCCCAUCCAGCAGCUAUAAGUGGUGGAAAUGUUGGUCAUUUGAAUAAUGGUUUGCACAAGGCGGUUAAUAAUGCUGUUAUGAUGCCAAAUGGAACAUCAUUGCCAGUGCAAAGCGGAGUUGUUAUAAAAUCAUUAUACAAUUGUCUCGCUUUUUUACUGACAAUUUUGUAUCUCAAUUUCUAG